AUCUGCCGCAUUUCCUCGACCUCGAGACUUCGAGUUGAGUUAGUUCAAGUUUAUGCCGCGAUCGGUGAGGUUGUGUGUAGUUGUCACCUGUGUCUCGAUCUGGAUUGCUAGCGCUUGAAGCUUGUUUUUCCCUAGGCUAUCUCUGCAACUAUAAAGAUGAUGAAUGGUUUCACAGUAAUUUUGAAUUCCUCCUACCGUGUCAUAGUUUUACAACCAGGUUUGUAGAGGCCAACGGAUUUUAACGGAAAAGCCGGAGUUGGGCACCGGGUAAUUUCAACGGUAUUCUGAGCGGUCAAAUUCUAACCAGUGGCUGGCAACUGUCUCAUCAGAGUGAACAGACUCAUGCAACGGCCGUCUCUACAACUAAAAUAGUCUAUUGGGAGGCGGUUUAUAGGCGGCCACCAUACCGCCGCCUGCGCUGCGCGUGGCCAAGCGACGCAGCGGCCGACGCCGCCAUGUUCCCCUGACCUCCCCAACCCCCCAUAUGUCGUCCACCACCCCCUCCCCCCCAUACCUGCCACCCCAGCCUCGGGAUGCCCUGCCGCUACUCAAGCAUCUCCCCAACGGCACUCGGGCGGGGGGGAUGGUCCGUUCCCCCACCACUCCCCCUCUCAACGCUGCUCUCCCCCACCACACCCCCCACUCCACUCUGCAGUCCUCGUCCUCGAACCACUCGUCCUCCAGUCAGGGAGGGGGGAGGGGGGUUAGGGCACUAAGGGGGGGAGGUCGUCCCCCGCCGGGACACGUUCUUAACACGUCAGCGCUGUCCUUCAAGCCCUCCCUGGGGGGCAACAGCGGCUCCGUUAGCCCGACACACACGGGUACAGGCACCCGCACCACAGGUCUCGACCAGUCCCGCGACAACUCUCACCUCACGGACCUGUCGCACAUCUCCCGCCUCACGCCCCUCUCCAAAGCCCAUCACCUCCACCACCAUCAUCACCACCUCACCAACACUAGCAACACCAGCAGUAUCAACAACACAACUACCAGCAUCAACGGCGGUAUCUACCCUCCUCCCAUGAGGAAUGGGGUUCUUAAGAACGCUUCCCCGAGUUCUGCUGCAGGACUUUUGCCGCGUAUCCUGCUCCCUGGCAGAAGGAUAUCCUCCUCAUCCAGAGGGCUUCUCCAAACCCUAGGGUUCCUAUGUCUGACGUCGCUGAUCAUGGCGUCGCUGGCGCUCACGUUCCUCUUGGAACUCAUACCUAGUGAUGGCCUCACUAGUGACGCUAGUGGUAGUAAUUCUAGUGCCGUGCUGCCCUACAAGGUGGCUCGUGACGUGAGCAUUCCCCUGGCGGCAGUCACGCUGUCGCUGGACCUCUUCUGUCUGCUGGUCUGCGCCGCGCAGUUCAUGUUCGCGCUCAAGCUCCAGCAGACAGCUGGCGGCGAGGACAGAGCCGCGCACUACCUGCGCCAGUCGUCGGUGUCGCGCGUGUGCGCCGUCACGGGCUUCUUCCUCUCCGUCCCUCUCCUCCUCACAGGCGUGUUGGUGCACACGUUGCUGGUGCUGCGCUCCAUUCCUGCCACGAUCAUGUCUGCCUUCAUCGGCGCCGGCAUCUUGCUGUGUGGCGUGUCUAUGAUCCACAAUGUGGCGGUGUGGCAGAGGCACAAAAGAAAGUCUACGGCGCGUGAGCAGCUACAGCAGUCGCUGGUAGCCUCCUCCCCCUAUGGAGGUCAUCGUAGCAACGGGGGAGUACAAAUGAGACCUCCGUCUCACCCCCUACACAGCACCUCCUCCCCACUACCCCCCACCACCGUGGACCUCUCGGCAACCAUGCACCCAACCCACGAGCUUUCUACCCUCGUCUGAUCGCAACAUCUAUUCAGGAUAUCUUUAAGAGUCUUGCGACGCAAAGCCACAAAGUAUUGAAGAUCAUAAAAAAAUUUGAAGUCCUUAGGAAAACAUUGCAAAAAAUUCUUUAUUUGGCAUGAACUUGAUUGUGGUGCAACGUUCUACGCCAGAAUACUGGUAUCUGCACGGUAUUCACGGUUUGCGAUUACAUAUUACGAGCUCCCGAUACCAACACAAAGCUGACGCCGAUGCAAGAAUUGCUGCGACUAGCGAGCAGUUCUUCUAACUUAUUGAGUUUUACUGUAAAAAGCUUGCUUAUACUAAUUAUAAAAUCUAAAUUCUAUGCAUGGUUCGCGUGAACCUUAGACAUAUUAUGAAACAAUGGAAACACUAUCGAAUUUGGUUCACGCGUUGACGUAAAUUUGCAAUUUGUCAUUUGCGUGGAGUGUAAACUUACACUUGAUGGCUGAUUUAUGCGUUAGCUUCGUAGAGGAAAAUUUAAAUUGAUGAUUUGACAAGUGCUCACUGUUGCUACAAGAAAUUUUUUUAUGGCUUUUGUUGUUCUCACCAAUGAAAGUUUUUCGUGCAAGUGAUUAAUUAACGAGAUCAAACUUUGCUCCUUCUCCGAUGCAUUUCAAAGAAAGAGAAGUUUGGUAAAUUAUGGAGCCUCGUACGGUUGUCAGAAAAAGCAAGCUACACCAACCGCAGGGUCCCGUACGCUCUGAAGACAUGCGUCUCAUUGUGUAGUUGCUCUUCAAGUACAAAGACUCAGUGUGUGUAUGCUUCUAUUUUUGCAGGAGGAAUUUUAUUCAUAAUUGAAAUGUUUUCUGGAUGUUAAUAUGAUAGUGAAUUAGGUACUCAAUUAUUUAUCAUGUUGAAUACUGAACAUGAGAAUUUCCUGAUGAAAUUGUGAAGCUAUACAACAACCGUCGGUACGUUCCAAUAACGCCUCUACGACUGACAUAUGUUCCCUUCACUGAAAUGUGGUUUAAUAAUGAUAGUCUUUAACAUAGUACGGCACACAAGACUUUUGUGGUAUCCUACAUCCUUGUUACUUAAGCUCCUAGUUAUUGCCAGAUGCUUCAAUGUUUCGUGUAUGGCCCGCAUCACGGAGACGUAUAAAGACCCUAGAGUUGACUUUACCAUUAUUUGGAAUAAGUACUAUUCAAAGUAAACACAUUUGUUAACGUGAACCGUGUUCACUAGAUAUUAUUACUUGCAUAGCUAAAUGAUGCUGUUGAUAACUCUCGUCAUAGCUUUCUCGGAAGCUAUGAGAAAGCUGAAUCUUUACCUCUCCACAUUUUAAGUAAUGUUGAAUUUGAGGUUUGAUUUUUUUUUCUAUAGCCUACUUCAAAGUUGUAUUCAAGAUUUCCUUGUUAAAAGUCAGCUAAACUUGUCGUGAACAAAAUAUUACUGCAGAGUCUUCAAUGCUUCCAGAUGUGCGUAUUGACGUCACCACGAACUGUAUUAUGAAAAUUUUGAUUAACUCUAGAAUCUCAAGUUAUGAGUGGUAGUCAAAAUCAUUUUAAGCAAAUCAAUUCGGUUAUCGAAUAACGUGCAUAGAGCGUGUUCGGCAGCUCUUAGUUUUCAUAGUCAUCCUUACGAUUUUUAGUCGGAUUACAGGUCGUCUCAAGAUGUUUCAUGCAUUGUGAUAACAAUUACACUAGACUAGAAUAAUGCGAUGCUGCAGCUAUCAUAUUAUAUCAUAAUAUAUUAUAUCUUGCAGCAGCAUGUUCACAAAUUACAUCCCUUUUUAGAUCAUAAUCAUCAUUUGUAAGCGCCUACGUUUGCAUAAUAUGAUUUUUUGCUACAACAACCAUGACUACUACAUAUCAUACCCGAGUAUUAUUGUUUGGAUGGGUGGAUAUGGGGCUCUACUCUACAUAAUAGCAGCGAGGUGUAUGUAACAGUUGAUUGUGUUAAGUAUGAUUAGAGUUCUGUCAUACUUGACAUUGAUGAAGCAACGAUUUCAGAGGGCUAUUGAGAAAGAAGACUGUUCACAGAAAUGUAAUUACGUACGUGUGGGAAGAUGUUGCAAGCUAUUUCAAUAUCAUUUAGGAGGUCAGAAUAUAAGUGUACAAAUCUUAUUUUACUUUAAGGUAACGUGAAACUGCCAUUUAUGUACAUAAUUUGAGGCAUCUCUACAUUUGUUACUGAUGUGCAUUCAGAUCUUCAAAUUUAUUCUGUCUGCGCGCUUACUUUCCACAGUAAUGAAUAAAAUUCUUAUCUUUAGCACUGAAGUAUUUAUAGGUGUAUAUAGUUGUUAUUGUAAUAUUUAUAUACACUGAAUUGAGUAAAUGCAACUGUUACAUU